AUAAAAUAAACGAAGAAACAGGAUGCAAAGCUUAAGUUAUAGAAUGGUAAGCUUUACUAGUGGUCUUUACAUAAUUAUUUUUCCAGAAGUCUCUAAAUCUCCAAUACACACACAUAUACUUGCAAUGGAGGGCGUUUAGAGCUUCGCUUUAUUUUUCGCUAUAGCUGGGUUGCAACCUUCCUCCAACUCGGAAAGCUAUCGAUGUCUGUCACGCUUCAUACAAACCUUGGAGAUAUCAAAUGCGAAAUCUCUUGUGACGAGGUGCCAAAGGCUGCAGAGAACUUCUUAGCACUAUGUGCCAGUGGUUAUUAUGAUGGUACAAUAUUUCACCGGAACAUCAAAGGCUUUAUGAUACAAGGUGGAGAUCCAACAGGUACGGGAAGAGGAGGCACCAGCAUAUGGGGGAGAAAGUUCAAUGAUGAGAUAAGGGAUUCUUUGAAGCACAAUGCAAGAGGUAUGCUUUCUAUGGCAAACAGUGGACCUAACACAAAUGGCAGUCAAUUUUUCAUUUCAUAUGCCAAACAGCCACAUCUGAAUGGUCUGUAUACUGUCUUUGGAAGGGUUAUCCAUGGAUUUGAAGUUCUAGACCUAAUGGAAAAGGUGAACGUGAAUUGAAACUUGUUACCCUCAAAAUACUGCUCUGACACUCUAGAUGUGAAAUCAAGUCAAAUCAGGAUACAACCCUUGUAUAUGAUUUAGUCACAUACAAAUGGGAGUUUUAUAGAGAUUAAACUGGUACAUUUUAAUGAGCUGUAUAUCAAUGCGAUUCUAGUCCCAGUUUUCAACGCAAAAAAAAAGAAAACAUUUGCAGCUCUUGAUUUGGGUGGAAAUAACCAGUGUUCCCCCUGGGAAGGGACAUUCUACUUUUUCAGUAUUGGACAGCUUGCUCCAUAUACUGCAUAAAAAUGAAAGGAAAAAUGCCAAAAACCUGUCAACACAUUAUAUUUGCCUUCCAAAAUUUCAGCUGCUUUUAGAUUAUUUAGCUGUACCCCAGAUGUGCCAAAGAUUUAGGAAAUUUUUAUGCCGUCCCCAAAACAUGUUUACCACAUCCUAGAAAUGACCAAUUCAA